AAUUUUGGGUAUUUUGUAUGCAUAAACAUAACAUAACAUGUAUAAAGAAUGAGUUUUCAAUUUGAAAUAGUAGCAUACAAACCAUCUCUAACCUCAACUUGGAUAACCAUAAUUGGAACCCGCUUCCCUCUCUCUUUCUUUGUCUUCGUGGGCGUGUUCGUUCUAAUCGAUAACAGCAUUUUAGGUAGGUUAACAAACUUUUGAACACGCCUUCCAUUUGAGAAAAAUUCCCAUUCUCAGGCUUCCCUGCAACUGCUACACCAGAAGAAAUCAGAACAGGGCACCUCAAAUGCAACCUGCUUCCUACCCCAUGCCACCCCAAUGUUCUUCCCUCCAACAUUAACCCCUCACCACUGCUUAAAAUGGACGAAGAUAAAGAGGAAAUCGUGAAUAUUUGAACAUUAUUCCUAAACACAAAUGUCUGUGGCUGAUCCUAGUGCUGGACGCACGUUCAUAUGGAUCAUAACUGGUGUUUUGUUCAUGUCUAUAGUGGCAGGAGGUGCAUGCCUUGUGGCAUACAUGCUCCUUCCUGAAUCAGAAACAUCAUCCUCUUGGAUACCAGAAAUAGGGGUGGCAUUGGUUUGCCUACCAUGGUUCUUUUGGUUGCUCACCUUCGUUUACAGAGUCUUGUCAAGAGCUUUUGGAUGUAGAGUUAGCCUCGCCGGAGUUGGAAGUGCAGAUGUGGAGGUCGCAUCUCGGGCAAAAGCUGGUAACCUAAACAGGGAUUCAUCCAUUGCCUCACACGAGAGUGAAAUGGCACUUGCAAAAUCUAUGGCCUCAUGAUCAUCAUCAUUGUCUUCGACUUUGCAUGCAUGCAUGCAUAUAUCCUUCUUUAUAGCCUUUACAUUUUCUUUUACGUUAACCUUCUCUGGCAAUGUUGGAAUAUGCGAGGGAUCCAUGCAUGCAUGCAUGCAUGUCCUAUUCACAUGUCGAUGACAGAUACUUUUCACUCGAAACUCUAUUUUUCUUUUUCAUGUAUAUAGCUUUUAGGAAACUUUUGA